AUGAGAGAAGCUUUGGUCAAGGCUGAUUUCUGGCUUCUAUGGUUUCUUUACUUCCUUGGUGUUGGUUCUGGUGUCACUGUUUUAAACAACUUGGCUCAGGUUGGGAUUGCAGUUGGCAUUGAGAACACAACAGUCUUGUUAUGCCUCUUUAGUUUCUUUAACUUUGUUGGCCGGCUUAGCUCAGGAGCCAUCUCAGAGCACUUUGUCAAGUCAAGAGCAAUGCCGAGAACCGUGUGGAUGACAUUGGCACAGUUUCUAAUGGUACUUGCUUUCAUUCUCUACGCUCUCUCUUCAACCGCCACUCUCUAUCCCGCAACCGCGCUUCUAGGCACAUGCUACGGGUUCCAGUACUCUCUCAUGGUUCCUACAGCAUCUGAGCUCUUUGGACUAGAACACUUUGGCAUCAUCUAUAGUUUCAUGAUUCUAGGAAACCCAAUUGGUGCAGUUCUCUUCUCCGGUUUACUAGCUGGUCGUUUGUAUGAUGCUGAGGCUAUUAGACAAGGAAGCUCGACUUGUUACGGACCAGAUUGUUUCAAGCUUACUUUCAUGAUCCUGGCUUGCGUCUGUGGAGUUGCCGCAAUUCUAGGCGUGAUUCUAACUGUUAGAAUAAGACCGGUUUAUCAGUCUCUAUACGGUUCAAGAUCUUUCCGGUUACCUCAAGAGUAG